AUGGCUGACGAGGCCGAAACUACUGAAGGAUUCACUGCUGAGAUUCAAAGGGUGACGGACGCCCUGCUGAACCACCAGGACAAUGAAGAGGAGGUUGAGAACUUUAGGUCUGAAGAGAUGGGGUUCCAUGCCCCCUUUAUCUCCAUCCCCUCUGGCGUCCGAGAGACUAUUUGGGGAAGGCAUCGAGAGGAGGCUGCGGCCUUCUUUGGUAACUUCUCUGGCUUGACCGAGGUGGAUCGGGCACGAGAGUGGUCACUUAAGGCCACUGCUGGGAUAGGAGAGCCCAGCAGAAGGGUCCCUGACCCUGCUGUAGACAACCAGCGACUUCUGUUGCAGGUUGUGCACAAUCAGACUCUUACAAUAGAGUUGAUUGACACGCUUCAGACGAAGCUCGAGAUCGCGCGAGCUGAACUGGAGCUGGCCGAGCUGAAGGCUAAGGCUGCUGAAGAGAGGGCAGCAGAGGCCCAAAAAUAUGAACAGCAAGCUGCUGAGACUCUGAAGACUUUCUUUGAGGCCAUGGAAAAGGAAGUCUUCCUUACCGUGCUCGAGGGGAAAAAACUGAUCAACGAGUACGGGGUAGCUGACAUCCCUUCUUUUCGAGCCAUAAUUGAGCGUCGGAUAGCCGAUGAAGCCCAAGCCCGUGCUGCCAGCGAAGUUCAAGAGCUUCAGCAGAGGGUAGCUGUUCUGGAGUCACAUGCGAGAGAAACUGAGGCGGUUGUUCAGGCUCGGGAUGCCCAAAUUUCUGAGAUUCAGCUCGCUGCCGAGGUCCAAGAUCAGACGCUGCAAAGGGUCCAGGCUCAGCUGGACGCCAAGGAGGAAGAGCUGCGCCAAGCUCAAACCACUAUUGGGUUGGUUCGGGGGCAGCUACAAACUCAAAAUGAAGAAGCCUCCAGGGUUCAAAUGCAAUUGAACGAUGCCCAAGAGCAGCUGAAAGCGCUGAAGGCGUCCUCCUCCCAAGUUUCCGCUGAACUUGAACAAUCCAAGAAGAACUUGGAGGAGACUGAUAAGAAACUGGCUGAAGUUGAGGCGCAGUUGGCUGUCAGGGUUUAUACCAGGGAGGAGUAUGCGAUGGCAUACACCAACGGGUAUAAGGUGUCUAGAAAGUUGGCCCUCCAUACUGCCCUAGACUUGGACUGCCAGGCUGAGCUAGACCUUGAGGCCCGUCUGGAUGUUGAAGAGCUAGAAGAAGCCAUUGAGGCAAAGGAGGCUGAUAACCGAGAAAGAGAAGCUCAAACCCAAGUUCAGCCCGCUUCUUUAGCAGUCAAAACUGAUGCCACUUUGGAGCCCAGCGGUGCUAGAAGGCCUGAUCCUUUAACUAAAGCCUAG